GCUUCCCCAUGAUCAGCGGAUGAUCCUCUGUCUUUUAUUUACCACCCUUGUGUGCGUGUGGGUGCUUGAAGUAACAAACGUUCGAGUGAUUAACGCGGGCCAGGCUCGCGAAGAACGCUAAAAACAAACGGCAGAUAACAGAUUCUCGUUUCCCGUCUUCUACGUAAUCACGAAUGGCAGUUGAUAAAAACUGCCGGGGAUCGUCGAGAAACGCCGUCUUGGCCGUAUGCAAAUAGUUCGCCGGGGAAGAAUUCCAUUUGAAAAUUUUUCGAGAGAAAGAUCGCUUCGUCUCGCGAUGAACGGCGAAGAGAGGAGACCUUUUUUCGCGACGUGCGUGAGAACGCACAGUCAUGACUGAGAAGACCUAGGUUUUCGAUUGACACAUUUCAAAUUCCGACGCUGACACCUCAAAAUAACCUGAAGUUCGUACGCGAGCCGAGAUGAACAAGGAGGACAGCAGCGGCGAAGGAAAAUCCACGCCGGAUGCUCCGACGGACGUGCCGACGAAAGCAGCGAACGCGGAUCUCUACGAGAAUCGCGGACCCAAGAAGAUCAUCCGCGUGGUCACCGUGAUGGCCUACCUGUUCUCGGUAAGUUUCGUGGGUAUUCUCUUGAGCGCCUACUACUUAUUCCUGUGGGAGCCGCCGAAUCCGAGAUUCAUAUUGCGAGAACGUCUACGGACGGAUCCGCAGUUGCAGUAUCUAAUCGCACCGCCCUCGGAGAAGACGGACGUGACGAAAAAAGACAACGGCUUCCUUUUGCAGAAGCCUUUUCUUGGGAGCAUGACGCAGGAGGACGCGUACGGCGACGAUCCCCAAGACCCAAAUUUCCAAAAAAAACGAAGACUGAACGCGACAUUGCGAAAGCUGAGACACUUGCUUGUGAACGCUCAACGCGCUCAAAAACAAAAUUCGUCGCACGAAACAACUGGCGGACAUAACUCAUCCAUCACAGUGGAAAAAGUGCCUAAUAUGACAAUGAGUCGCGUGGGCAACACAAUCUCGCGAUACAACGAAUCGCGUGGGAACAUAUCCGAAGAAAAGACUAAUAGUAGUGAUAAUACCGAUCUACCUGUAGAACUUGCGCGUACAGUAAGUACGCUAAGUAUGGAAAGCACGACCUCCGCAUCAACGUUCAUGACUAUUCCUGGAAUUGAGAGGAGCAAGAAAUAUUUCCAUAAAGACUCUGUUACUAACGUCAAUCCAAUUAUUGAGGAAAAGACUCGAUAUUACAAAAAGGAACUCGGUACCGUUGAAUCGUAUCUUGUUCCUGUUGUCAGCAACGCGACGACAAAUAGCGAUGUUACGAAUAACAACGGUCGACGCGACGUUUCUGGGGAUAAUGAUUUUUUCGAAGUGAUCCAAAAAUUCCUGAAGAUCGUUAGGAAGAAACCGAUGAGAUCGAACGAGACCGACGAUCGUCGAUUGGCGAUUGAUAACGAUCGAAAAAAUGAUCCGGGCGAUGUACAAACGAGUGUUGUGUUGAAUGAACGUGUAAAUGGUAGUAUUGGGAAUUCUCAGGAAAAUUAUUCCAACGACGAGGCUUCCUCGAAAGAUCAGGUCGAACAGAUCGCGCGUGACGGAAUAUCAAUUGAUCUGUCGUCUCGCCAUUCGAGAUUCAUCGACAAUCCAGGAUUCCAUCAGACGCCGGAUGACCCGACCGUAAAAUCACGGUCACGUACCAUGGGAACGAGAAAUUCCGAAGAGACACAAAUCGAAAGGAUGACCGCAAGAUCUACGACGAUAGAUAACAAACAGCUGGAAGAAAUUAAUUUACCGACAACACAACAACAAAAAAGUUUCUCAGAAAUCAUCACAGAAACUGCGAACGUCAAGGAAACAGCUGUAGAACUCACGUCAAUAUCGACAACGCGGGAUUAUCAUAAUUUCACUAGCAUUACGAACGGAGAUGAUAGCGUUACAUAAGCGAAUAUCAGAUUUUUCACACCUUGUGUUGAAAGUAAUAAAGUGAAAGAAAAUAAAACUAUAGUAAUCACUGAUAGAGUAUCAAUACCUAUUAGUACAUAUAGAGAAGCAGUUCUUCCAGUUCUUUAUGGACAGAGAACGUUAUUUAGAAAUAUUGAUCUGAAUUUGCCAAAUAAGAAACCUGUAUAGAAACUACUUUUCGAGACAGAUAGAAAAACUAGACACAUUAAAAUAAUUUAAGUAAAUAUACUUGUUUAUAGAAUAACAUGGACGACACUAUCGCAAACAUGAUAGAAGAAAUCAAUAAUAAUGAUAAGUAACGGAAUUAUAGAUAAAAUUAUAUUCUAUAUCGCAAACUUUAUCUUUCUUAUAAAUUAUAUGAAACAAAUUUUGUAUGUCCGUUGAGUGACGACUAGAUUAUAAAUGUAACUUUUAUAAAAGAUCAAUUGUUUAGAUUUUUUUUCUCAGUUAUGUUCAGUAUAUGAAUGCUUAGAAAGAUACUCGAGAAUAUUUUUGUAAUUAUUAGUAUUGAAAAUAGAAGUAUGUGCAGUACAAUCAUCUCUAUAUAAUAGAAAGAUUCAUUACAAUUCUAACACGUUUGUGAUUAUUAUAAAAUUCAUCCGAUAAAUGUUUUAUGUAAGUUUUAUAUGAUUAAAAUAAAGAUCCAAUAUGUAAUAAA